AAACGCGCAAAAGCGGCGGUUUGGUUUUCGAAGCCUUUUCGUUUCCGAGUGAACCCUCGGAGUAUGAAUUCCCAGAAGUUUUUUUUUUUUUUGGAUGAAUAAUUCCCAGAAGUUUCAAUCCCUGGAAAUUCUUUUCCUUACUGUCAAAUUCCAAAUCCAGAAAAGAAACUCUCGAGUUUUCGAAUUCCAAUUCAUAGGUUUGUUGAACUUCAAUGGCGACGAGGAAUCGUACCGCGAUGUACAGAAAGCACAGGGACGCCGUGAAGAGCGUGCGAGCUCCGUUGUCUUCGUCGGCGUCCGGUUCGGGUGGUCCGGUUAUCGAAAUGGCUUCGCUUCUGAGUUCCAAUCGGUCGUCUUAUGCUCCUCUUAGCACCGAAGAUCCAGGACCUUCAAGUAGGGAUGCAUUUACGGUGGGUCUACCGCCAGCUUGGGUGGAUGAUUCUGAAGAAGUGGCUGUAAAUAUACAACAGGCUCGGGUCAAAAUGACUGAGUUAGUCAAGGUUCAUGCCAAGGCUCUAAUGCCCUCAUUUGGAGAUGGCAAAGAAGAUCAACAUAUGAUUGAGGCUCUUACCCUAGAGAUUACAGAUAUAUUGAGGAGGUCAGAGAAGAGAUUACAGAAACUUUCUGCAAGUGGGUCUGCUGAGGACUCAAACAUUAGGAAAAAUGUACAGCGUUCUCUUGCAACAGACCUUCAGAACCUUUCCAUGGACCUCCGGAGAAAACAGUCAACAUAUUUGAAACGGCUGCAGCAGCAAAAAGAGGGACCUGAUGGGGUUGAUUUGGAGAUGAACUUGAGUGGAAAUAAAUCGAGAUUAGAAGAUGAUGAAUUUAAUGACAUGAGUAUUAAUGAUUAUCAAAUGAGAAAGCUAAAAAAGAGUGAGCAAAUCACAGGAGAAAGGGAAAGAGAGAUCCAACAGGUUGUGCAAUCCGUGAACGAUCUUGCUCAAAUCAUGAAGGACCUCUCAGUUCUUGUGAUAGACCAGGGCACAAUUGUUGAUCGGAUAGACUACAACAUUCAGACUGUUGCUGUAUCAGUUGACGAGGGUCUUAAACAGCUCCAGAAGGCAGAGAGAACACAGAAGAAAGGUGGAAUGGUGAUGUGUGCAACAGUGCUUGUUAUCAUGUGCUUCUUCAUGCUAGUCCUCCUGAUACUCAAGGAGAUAUUCUUUAGUUCAUGAAAAUCUUGCCCGCUAGUUAAAAUGUGCAGCCGAGUUUGUUCAUAACAGAGGAAAAAUUUUGCGAAUUUUUUUGAGACAGCAUGAGGUACCUAUCUCGACUCACUUUGGCUAUGGGAAAUUCAAACAGAUUGGAAAAUUAUUGUAAAUACUACAUUAAUGAGAAUGUUAUGAGAGGGGGCUGUGUUAAAAUUUUCAGAAGGCCUCUGGAAUAUGAAUGCAGGGCACGUGGUUCACCUUGUGA